ACUCCCCCCCCCUCCCCACCUUUUUCAAUGCGAUAUCCACUCCCUCUCCACUUACCCGCAUGCCUCUCUCUCGCCGGGCUUCUUUCCCUCACAUCAGUUCCAACAAAGCUGCAGUGGAGGUGGAUCUCGAAAGGGACUUCAGAGGGACUCUUCUGCAGAUUAUAGCUACACCGCGCCCAUCAGGGAGCAAGGCAACAUCUACAAACCCAACAACAAGGCCAUGGCAGAUGAGAUGAAUGAGAAAGAGUACCACGACGUCCACACCAAGGAGAUCGACUUGGUCGACCGGGACCCCAAGCAUCUCAACGACGAUGUAGUCAAGAUUGACUUUGAAGAUGUGAUUGCUGAACCUGAGGGAACCCACAGUUUCGAUGGAAUCUGGAAAGCUAGCUUCACCACCUUCACUGUGACAAAAUACUGGUUUUAUCGCUUAUUGUCGGCACUCUUUGGCAUUCCCAUGGCUCUCAUCUGGGGCAUUUACUUUGCCAUCUUGUCGUUCCUCCACAUCUGGGCGGUGGUGCCUUGCAUCAGGAGCUAUCUGAUCGAGAUCCAGUGCAUUGGCCGAGUUUAUUCUAUCUUCAUCCACACCUUCUGUGACCCACUUUUCGAGGCUAUUGGCAAAAUGUUCAGCUCCAUCAGAGCAACUGUACAGAAGGAAGUGUAAAUGAUGUGUCGAAGGAACCUGAAGACUAUCAAGGAUGUCAGCAAUUACCAGAAUCCAGCAGCAUCAGUUAAUAAAGCAAUCAACCUGAAUUCAGGCAAAGAAGUCACAACUUUCUUUAAUUCCUCCUGAAUUUUAUAUUAUUCAGUGUUUUAGGAGGGAAAACAAUCUGUAUUUUUAAAGAAGAAGAAAAAAAAACAAAUUUAAAUGGCUGCUUUUUCAUCCCUAGCUGCCCAUUGAUUUGCUGACCCUUAACAAACUGACUCAUUAUUCUGCUUACACCUUCUGUUCAUUUGUUGCAAGUUAAAUUCACAACGCUAUAAUAAAGAACUGCCAAAAAAAAUUGCUUUCCAGCACUACUGUAACACUGCUCCUCAUUUUACUGUGAGCGAAAAGGGUCUAAAGCUGUUACAGCAUAAUGAACACGACAAGCUGGCAGAUUUUAAUAGAAUGUUCUUUUUUCAGAUGUAUUGUCAGUCAGCUGUCGCUCUGUACUGUAGUGAGCUAUAUAUAACUGCUAUGCAGAGAGAGAGAAAGUUCUAAGUAAAUAAAUAAUAUAUAUGCUCAAUGGAUAAUAGAAAGAAAAAAAGAAAAUCCUUUAGGAGGAAAGUGCCUUCAAACAACUUUUCCUGUCCACAGUAAACUACUGCAGUGUGCUUCCUUUUUCCUGCCUUAUUGUUCAUCCUGGGAGAUUAUUUGAAGAUUUUUUUGUUGUAUAUCACAAAAAGGAAUAUACCCAAGUGCUUUUUCUAAUGAGAAACCCUAAUUUCUGAAAAGAAAAAAAGAAUCCUUCAUCUAACCCAGUAUCAUGAACCUUCUGAUUGGUUGCUUUUGUGCCUGAUUUGCUGGUUCUCCUCCUCCUUACUUGGCCACACCAACACUUCCUUGCUGAGCUAUUGAUCCUACAGAUUUUGAUAUUCAAGAUCAGAAUUCAAGUCAGAAAUAUGUUGUGAAUGUAUUUUCUACGCAGCACUUCCAUCAACAAAAAGGCCAUUUAUGGCACACGUCUUGCAAUGCAAUGGUUUGUCCUUGAAGAGAGAACUAUCCUUUUAGUAACAUGUUCACAAACAGAAGUUUCGAAGUGAGUAAGCAAAUGUUAGUCCCUGCGGAGGGACACUUUUCUUUUUCUUUCUUUCUUUUUUUUUGGAAAAAUGACUAUCAAGGUUUGUUCAACUAAUGCAGUGCAAACUAUGAACUGUGUUUGCAACAGUGGUGUGGUUAUGUGGUGGGAAGGGUUAACUUUGCCAUCUCUCGUCCAUUCAAAUCAGUAUGCUACUAGCAUAUCCAUUCUUUACUUCGCAAUAAUACACCACAAGAGUGACUUCUGCAACCCUACAUUGUGAUUCACUCCCUUCCUAAGUUGAACUCUACCUAUGAAUCAGGAAGACUUCAUGGAGGAAAUCCGAAUGAAGCAGACUGGAAAAAUACAGAAACAAAUCGUUUCCAGUUACUUUUUCUUCAUGCUGUGACCUGCUUGGUGGCUUUGUCAUUACCACAACCUAAUUGUGGUUUGUUGGUUUUGUGUGAAUCUGCUUGUUGCUUUAAAAAAAACUGUGAGGCUACAACUUGUUGGGAUAAACUUCUUUCUGAAUUCAAACUGAGGAAAUUGGAAACUUCAAGCUUACUCUGGCUUGUUUGAAUUCUUAGCACAAAGUCUGGAGUGCCUUCCAGGUAGAGCAAGCCCAAGGGUUAUUAUUAGUGGUAAAGCUCAGCAUAGUUUGUUAUACUAUGUAAUGGCUUCAACCUCUUUCUUUUAUCUUUACAUUUAUAGUAUACUUACAGUGCUGUCCUAAGCAGCUUUGCCCACAAGCAGUGGGUUUAGGGGCUGGUUUUCCCCAUCCAGAUAUGCCAUGGCUGCCCAUGCAACUGCACUGUGAAAAGAUGGCAACCAGCAGAUUUCAGCAGCGAAGUGGGAAAUGGCAUUGACCCAUGCAGGAAAUCCUUGUUUAAUGGUAAUUUUUCUGGUUGCAAAACCCAUUUAAAAGACCAUGGCUUGUACUGAGUUGUUGCUCAUGCCCAAAUAUAGGGUGCUGGGAGGGGAUGCCAAACUAACCUUGCAGAUUACAUGCGGGCUACAUGCUGAUCAUCCUCACUUUAGUGAAUUAUCAUUAGGGCUGACUGAAGAUACUUUGCUGUCUGAAGUGGAGCCCGAAUGGCACUUCUACCCUACUUCCAACCUUUACCAGGCACAUUUUGUAUUCCUGAAAGCCUCACAUCCUGCUUUCUUCUUUGUACCCCUCUACACACACACACACAUACACACUGAUGGGAAGCAGACAGCUCUGUCCUGCUGCACAACAGGGCAGGUCCUGAAAUGCAUGAGCUUAUAGCCUUUAGUCCCCUACCAAUACUGCCCAGCUUGUGACUUGGAGGCAACCAAUGUUGCUAAAGUCUUUUCCAAGGCAGAGCCCGGUUUCCUUUGCUAAAUUCACUGCCACCUUUUCCCACAAGAUGUUUCCUUCAAUUGCCAUAGCAGUUGAAGUUAAGGAUUUUAUCGCACAGGCAAACUGGCAUAGCAGCAGGAUGGACCCUAUUGCACUACAUUGUGUGCAUUACCACCCUUUUUUCCUCAAGAUGUUUCCUUCAAUUGCCACAGCAGUUGAAGUUAAGGACUUUCUCGCCCUGGCAAACUGGCAUAGAAGCAGGAUUGUUCCUACAGCACAAUGCUGGGUGCAACUUAUUGCCGGUCCACCUCCCCAUGACAAACCUGUCCUCUGCUAUUGAUGGGAAAAAAACUUGCCAAUAGUCACAAUCACAUCACAGUACCACAAUUUACCUGGUGCAAUGAUCCCCCAGUGGCUUCUGUGCCGGCAUUUUUACUAUACCUCGCAGAAAUUGCGAAGUUGCUUUCAUGAAAUAAGUUUGUAAAAAAUACUGAAGUGGCUGAACUGCAGAGGGUAGAUUGCUGGGCCUUUAACCGGAAAUGUCACGAAAUGGCAGGUCACCAAAGUGUCACAGUUGUGCAGCGCUUUAAGGUGUGAUAGGGACAGUAAUCAUGUCAUUAAUUUGCUGUUAUCCCUGAAUGCAUGAGUGGCACAGAUAGCAGCAUCAUUCAGUAAAGUCUUUGGAUAGUAUGAGUGGUAGACAAUUACCUUGAUCUCAGGUGCUAUGCAUAGGGGAUUCCCAUCACACAUCAGCCAAUUGUUCUUUAAAAAGUGCAGUCUUUGUUUCCAUUUUAUAAACAGCACAAAAGAUGCAUGGUUGGUGUGGGACAUCCAGACAAAUAAUUUCCUUCAUGGGGGAGGGACAAACGUAUUUUCCCUUAUUAAUCUGUGACCAUGACCAUGACAUUUAUUCACAUUUUUGUAAAAAAUAAAAUGGGAAUGUUUUACUGCAGAGAUGCAGUUCUUCCUCCAACCAGAAGCUUUAUUGCCAUAUUUGGCAUGCAGUAAGAAAUGUUACACUUUCAUUGGUGCCAGGAAAUGCACAAUCUCCAUUUCAUGGCCACACAAUUUUACAUCUUUUUGAAAGCUUUAUUUUCAUUUAACUUUUAUUUUUAUUUUUUAAUAAUUAUCAUAGGAUCUUGCCCAUAUUAGCUCUAGUUUCAUACUAACCCAGCUAUGACACUAUUCCCAUUUCUUUUACAUUUUCCCCAACAAAAGCUUGUAGUGUGAACUUAAUGUGUGCAGUACAAGUCACCCCAUUUUGUGCACAGUGCACACACUUACACAAGCCAUCCCUGCCAUUGCUACAUUGUUUUUCAGUUCAUGCAGCUCAGUGGCAGAGUACAUUUCUUUCAUGUUUAGGUCCUGGGUUCAACUCCAGCAUUUUCAGGUAACAUUAAGAAAGCAACUUGCAUGACACCCUAGAUAGUGUCAACUGUUGGAAACCAGAUGGACCAUUAGUCUAACUCAGUAUAAGGUAGAACUGUGUUCCUAAAUUUGUACCUCACCUACAGCAAGGCUAUCUCCUACCCUUCAGCUUUAUAUAGUGCAAGCUUAGAGCAACACUGUCCUCCAAAAAUGCAAAUAAAUUAAAUCUAUUUCAUUUCACCAUGGCGGAAACACAUUGUAGAUGUGAUUGAAUACUGUAGCUUAGGCCAGCUCGACCCUUGUUGCUAGGGUGUUUUGUGAAAGCACAUGCUCUCAAACAAGAUGUUUCCAUGUAGUUGCAGAAAUUGGGCUCAAGAUGGUCAAGGGCAUAUUUGAUUUUCACAGAAAGCUCAUUAAGUUAACAGAAAAUACAAUAGAGCGGGGCCUACAUGAUCCGUACUACUCAGGGUGCAAGUUAUUACUGAAAGGAAGGAGAAAAAAUGUAAUUGGUUUUCAGUAAUUCUAAUAUAUGUGCUCAGUAGUAACCAACCUACAGAGUUUUAAGAGAUCAAAUAAUGAGAACAUUUCCUUUAUUUUUGGCACAUAAAUUACAAAUGAAGUCACUUUCUCUCUCUUUGCAUUUUAAAAACAAACACUGGUCUGGCUAUAUAGUUUUAUCUUUUUAUUCUGUACAUAAGUGAGAGUGUACUAUGAAAUAUAUAUUUUGCAGUAUUGCAACACAUCUUUGGUGAGAAUGUAAACAAGAUGCCUUAUAUCUUUGCAUAAGGAAAAUCACUUUUGCAAUCUAUUGCAUAAAACUGUGUAUCCAGAAAGAGCUUCCAAAUACCAAUAAAUUGCUGAUCCAGGAUAUUUACAAAGCUAUUGUAUGCUUACAUUAUAUAACAGACACUUUUUUAUUCUGCAUGUUCAACAACCAAAGCUACAAUCUUCACAAUAAAAGCUGUUUUAAUAGAAA